GAAACUGAAACUGUGAAACUGAAAGCAUGGCAGAUCAGAAAGCAGAGAUCUUCGAACUCAACAAUGGUACCAUGAAAGUCCUCAUCUCCAACCUGGGCUGCACCAUCACCUCCUUGUCUGUUCCCGGGAAGGACGGAAAAUCGGCUGAUGUUGUUCUUGGAUUCGACUCUGUUGAGCCUUAUUUGAAAGGGAUGGCUCCUUAUUUUGGCUGCAUUGUGGGCCGGGUGGCGAAUAGAAUCAAGGAAGGCAAGUUUACACUCAAUGGAACUCAGUACUCUUUGCCCAUCAACAACCCUCCUAACAGUCUCCAUGGUGGUAACAAGGGUUAUGAUAAGCAGAUAUGGCAGGUAGCCGAGCAUAAGGCAGGCGACAAACCAUCUAUUACAUUCAAAUAUCAUAGUCAUGAUGGGGAGGAAGGUUACCCGGGGAGUGUUUCUGUGACUGCAACUUAUACGCUUACUUCAAGCACUACGAUGAGACUUGACAUGGAAGCAGUGCCUGAGAACAAGCCUACCCCUAUCAGCUUAGCUCAGCACACCUACUGGAACUUGGCUGGCCAUAACUCAGGCGAUGUACUUGACCACAGAGUUCAAAUAUGGGCCAACCACAUUACCCCUGUGGGUGAAAACACAGUUCCCACAGGUGAAAUCAAGCCAAUUAAAGGCACUCCCUUUGAUUUCACUGCUGAGAGGAGAGUUGGUGAGUCCAUCCAUGAGGUUGGACUAGGGUACGAUCACAACUAUGUGCUUGACUGUGGGGAAGAGAAGGAAGGUUUGAAACAUGCUGCCAAAGUGAGAGACCCUUCCAGCUCAAGGGUCCUUAACCUAUGGACCAAUGCCCCUGGGAUGCAGUUUUACACCGGGAAUUAUGUCAAUGGUGUUCAAGGUAAAGGAGGUGCUGUUUAUAAUAAGCAUGCAGGGCUCUGCUUGGAGACUCAGGGAUUCCCAAAUGCAAUCAAUACUCCGAACUUCCCAUCUGUUGUUGUCCAACCUGGUGAAAAGUAUAGAAACACCAUGUUGUUCGAGUUUUCAGUUGAGUUUGAGUGAGGUAGUUUAAGUCGUUGCAGUACCUCUUUGGAAAAAGCAGAAAUCGAGUCUGGUUUUGCAAAUGUCUGCUAGCAGGGUGCAGCUGUUUAGGACUUUUAUCAGUUUAUGAUGGUAUCCCUCCUUAAUAAUAAAGUUUGUGAGUAUUUUCUAUAAAAUUUCAAAUUCAUGA